CAAAGGCCUCGAGCUCGGAUACCACUGAUAGUGUGUUUUCAAGAUGGCAGAUGGGAUUUGUACGGGGGUCGUGGUGGGUGAUUUUAUCGAAAAAAUACCCAACAAAGACUGUGAAACUGUUGAUAGAUGUCAGAAACGUGGUACGAUGGACAAGAAGCCGUUAGAGAGUGUGAACAAGUUCUAUUUAGUUGAUAAAAGUGAUAAAUUAUAUGAUAAAUUGUGUUCAAACAAUGCAUUGAAGCUAGAGGACGAGCUAAUGCCUUGCGAGGAAGAAUGCAGGAGGAAGAGAUGCGUCGAUCGGUAUGACAGUUCGGAAUCUUCAGAUAGCGGCGUGGCCGUUCUCAGCUGCACGGACUGCAGCGGAAGCAGCACAGCGUCCAGCGACAUCACAGACCCCGGCUCGCCGUUCAGCACCGCUUCCAACCAUUCCGAGGAUUCAGUGUCGCAAUCAGCCAAGAUGCCCCCCACACAAAAUACCCAUCAUUCGCCUUGGUCGUGGAACGCGGAAGAUCGGCCGCUCCUCAGGCGUAACCUGGACGACAGGACCAACUGCCAAGGCCCGGAGGAGAAGAAGAAGAGGACAAACGAAAACGGCCGCUCCAAAGUUGCCCCGACGAUUCCGGAACAGGCCAGGAAAACCACGGAUUCCAAUUUGUGUUCGAAACCGAAAACCAGUAAGCUGCCCAAAAAACAGGAGGUGAACAAGAUGCAUCAAGGUAAAAUCACGGAAUAUUUCAAGACGCACGUGAAACCCGUGAACGGGUUCAAGAGUAAGGGCGUAGCGGCGCGUGCCAAGAACAAAUCGGUGCCGGUAGUCGACCAGCAGACGCAGUUUGACAGUUUGAAGGCCCAGAAUAUGCGCAGGUGCGUCAAGAGUGUCACUAGUAAGAAACAGCCUCCUACGUCCAAAGCCAAGAAGUUCGUGCCCGUAAGUGUACCUAGAAAAAUUCUACCCGCCCCUGCCAAGUCGGAAACUAUUACAAUAAGAAACAAUGUAAAUAAUAUUAUAAACUUUCCUUUAGCUUUAUCGACGGUGAAUUUCACUCCUAAUUUGACGUAUCUCCACACAAAAGUGCCGAAGCCGCCCGAUAACAUAUUCGCGCCUCAAUUCGCGUCCAUAACGGAUAAGAUCAACGCCAUCCCGAGCGCGAUCCCGAUAAUCAAUCGAACUCAAUGUCUGAACGUCAUACAACCCAUUCAUCCGAAAAUCGCAACCAUCAACAACUUCAACUGUGUCAAAUUAAACGCAACGGUAGUGCCUAUCGUCAAAGUGAACAAUUUGCCUUCGAAAUUAAACGGGUCCAAUCGUAGCGACAUUCUGGGCGGACAGCCCAACGAUCUGGGACUGUUGGAGACGGCUAUGCCGACCGUCUUAACGCCGAAACAGCUCAACCUUGGCGAGUGUCAACCUGUGAACGUGUGUCAGCCUGUCGUCAACAUCGGCGCAUUGGCGAGCGUUAACCAGUGUAUCGGCGUGAGCGAGAUGCACACGCCCAUGGAAAUAGGCAGCGGUAGGUGUCACGUGGAUCUCGCGAGCAGCAGCGAGUGUCAUGGUCAGGUUGCCGAGUGUCGCGGUGAUUCUCAGGGAAGCGAUUUCUGCUGUAGUUCAUCGAAUAGUGAGACGGUCGUCCGCGACAGGACUCCGUCGCCCAACACGUGCACGAGUAGCAGUUCGGACGACAGUGGUAUUUCUAGUGAAGUGUGUAGUGACAGGAGUAGUGUGGAGAAGUCGAUAUCAUCGGACAGUGGCGUGUCGGACAGUCUUGAAAUAAAAGUGAACGUACCUGUUUCCGUUGAGUCGCAGAAGUCCCCCAUCUUGUCCAAGCCCAAGACUAUCAGGUUUCCGUUCAAGCAGAAGGAGAUCGAACGUAGGGAUAGUCAGAAAUCGCUGUCUGGCGGUGAUUCGGCGAGCUGUCGCUGGGCCGAUUGCACCGCACAAUUCGAUACCAGUGGGGCCUUAUUAGAACAUCUGCAGCACAAACAUGUGAUAUCCCAAGCCACCCGCGACGAGUACACUUGCUUCUGGUCAGGCUGCAAGGUGCAUGGUCGCACCUCGUGCUCUCGAUCAUGGCUGGAGAGGCAUGUCUUGGCUCAUGCAGGGACCAAGCUGUUCAGGUGCAUCGUGGAUGGUUGCAGGCAGAGGUUUAACUCGCAGUUGACACUUCAGAGGCACGUUAACGGCCAUUUCAAUGCAGAUGGCAAGCCGACUGAUCCAGCAAAAAAAUCACCUGAGAAUUCUAGUACAAAGUUGUUCAAGAGAAACGGAAAGAAAAUUCGUUUUCGAAGACAGCCAUGGUCAGCGCGGAUGUUCGAUUUCAUCGACAGCGGUAUUAUGGAGGGUGUACAAUACAAAUUAAUGGCUUUAACGCAGAAGAGGACAGGCGGAGAUAUUAGUACACCGGGCGAUGAAAUAAAAUUGCAGAGCGAGGUGCUGGCAAGAAGAAUAGGAAAUGAUGGAACAGCCAACUUCCUUAUUCGAUGGCACCCCCAAGACAUUGUUUCAGACGAAUGGGUAACAGAGAAAGAGUUCAAAACCGUCAAAGUGGUGAGGAUUCCUUCUCUAGAUGCCCCUGCCAAAGAUGCUUUGAUACCAGCCUUGGGCCUGGGUCCCGAAAAUACCAGGAAACAUCGCAGAAAACCCAUGAAAAGGCAAACGUGAUAAUAAAUUUAAUUUUCCUUCAAAUUAGGCGUUAUCAAAUCUUAGUUUUUAAUUUAUAUAUCAAAUUCUAAAGAAAGUGGUAAGUUUCAGAUAGGUCAUCCAUUUUUAUAUGACAUAUAGUACUUGCAGUGUUUUUCUUUGCUGCGUCAUUCUCUGCUAUCAUUCACAAAUCGAUUAUGAGGUGGUAUAAAGACAUGCUGACAAAAUCGACUCUGCAAGCAUGACAAUUUUAAGCUAGGUUAAAAGAAAUCAAGAUCUCUAAAAGAAAGAUUCAACUGUAUAUUAACAGAAAGAAUUGUAAUAAAUCGUGAUGUCUUUCAGUGUGUAUAAUAGGAUGUUUAUAGUGUGUAUAAGACUAGGUCAUCAGAUAAGUUUAGUUUAAAAUGUAAGGCACUCCAUUUUCAACAUUCCCAAGAAAAUAUUCUCGAAGUAUUUAAAUGAUUAGAGUAGAAUAGUAUUUAUAUGUGGGUAUCACAUAAUAUUGUUAUUAAAAGAAUGAAAGUACAAUUUUUUCUUGGCGAUGUUGAAAAUGGAACACAACGUAUAGAGCUCGGAAGGGAUUUGGUCCGGAAGCAGCCAGCUUAUAUCACUGCCAUUAUCCUGGUUAUGUAGUUCAGAAACCUUCCUAACCUAUAAGAGUGAAUUAUUUUUAGCGUUCAAUGAAUUUUGUAUAUAUUUUGUGUGUUUUUAUAAUAUGCGGAACACGUAACUUCGAAUAACGGUGGGAUACAACACCAUCAUUCACUUUAUUUAAUUCAUUGUAAAAAUAAGGUUAAUUUAAUUUUGUAUAUUUAUUUCGUUAACUCAAUUAUCGUCAACUAUACGAAUUUCAGAGCUUCAGUAACAUAUCAACGAACAAAGCAGCAUAGAACGUGAUGUUGAAUAGUAUAAUCGACAAUUUUUAUCGCUCUUCAUCAUAAUUUCAUUAUCCAAUUAAUUUUUUUCAUAUUUCAGUUUAUCUAUGUCAGAUGUACUUAAUUUUUUGCACACACAUCUUUCAUCGAGUUCAUAUUUUUUUUACUGAUUUCGGAUGUUUAUCCAUACUUGAACAAAGUUGCCAUCUUGUGUGCAGUUGCGGAGGAGAUUACUGAUGGUCUUAUGAUUUUUUUUCAUGGAUUUUCAGUGAGCGCUAUAUUGAACUGAUUCAAUAUUUGAUUGGUGCUUUCAGGGUGGUUCUGAUACCCACCUAUCUAUUGGUUUUCUCAGAAACUCGAAAAUCGGUUUACUUAAUUCAACUUCGAGAUAUUAUUGACCCUCCUGCAGAUCAUUUCUACCAAACGUCGUCAUCUCAUUAAAAAAGUGUUCGUUUAACGCUUAUGGGCGUUAUUUAUUGUAACUGCCUUGAAUUACCCACUAUAUCGAAUAUUCCAUUUUAGUGAAAAUUAUAAUUUGUCUGUUGUAGAGAAGAGCUUAUACUAAUUGAUUUUGAUCAAUUGAGUUUGGAAAAAUGGUUUCUUCGGAAUAAAUUUUUUUUUGGAAUUCAACUUUUUCGUUCGUUUCAAUCGCAAUGAAGGCAGCAAACGUGAAGAGCUUAUACCAAAGGUGUUAUCGAAACUGCUUCUCUUUGGGAACGGAAGAUUCUUGACGGUUUUUUCAAGCAGCGUAUAAGUUCGAAUCAUCUGCAUCAAAAGUUUGGAAGCGAAACUUUAUUUCAGGUUAGCACAAGAACUUUUUUCUUGCCUGAAUUCUCCAAUUGUCACACUCUAGUCUAGAUUUUCAUUUCAGUCCUCUAAUUUAGUUUAGUUAAACUUAUAAGUAAUGGAUUCAAUUCCAUUGAAUGAAUGGUGUUGUUCCCACGAAUUUGUUGAUGAGUAUUUCGAUUUUAAUUAAUUUAUAAUAAGUUUUUAUAGAUAGGCAAUUUUACAUUCCUUUUGUAAUUCAAUUUUUGGAAUGAUCGCGUCAUUCUAAACAACUUUUAUUUAUAUUACUUCUUCGAACUUCUUCACUUUCAUGAUAGAAUCAAAAAUUCACUGCCAGUGUAAUAAAACUGCCGAAAGUAUUUAAUACAUGAAAGUUUUGCCAUGACAUCUUUUGAUAGAAUUUUGAGAAUAUUCAGUUAAUCGGUUAAGUGCCAUGAAUUUUUCGGUUUCUUUCUUUUGAGAAAAUAGAUUUCUGGAGAAUGUGUUCUCUUAUUUCGACUGACGUUUGUGAAUAAUCAAAUGAACUUGAUCUCAAAAAUUUUUGUUAAUAUGAUGCUACAUACACUGGGAUUGGGAUUUUUUCAAUUCUUGCUUUAAUUUUUCAUUUCAUAAUCAUGAUGAAUUAUUCUUCUAUUUUUUGAAUUUAGAAAACGAACUUAUUAUCAAAAUUGAACGUUCAGAAAUCGUCAAGGGAUCUCUCGAAUUUGGUGUAAAUGUUAGAACUGUAAAUACGAUAUUUUUCAUAAAAAUUGUUGGGAGCAUAUAGCUAUAAAAUUUUUCAAUAGUUUGAUAUUUGUCGUCGGCUUUCGUAAAAUACAGAGAAACUCAAGAGGCAAUAUGUUAGGAAAACUCUAUCUGUUGUAUGUAAUUACAUAACUUCACCGAAUUUUAGAAGUAAAAUUAACAGAUUAGCAUGUAAGAUACGCUCGUAAAUCUCAAAUUAAUACACAAAAAUCCAGAGCACAAAUAUUUUUAUCAUAACUCAACUGUCCUAUUGAUUAGGAAUGAAAGUCCAACUCAGAAUGUCAAAUUUUAAACAUGAGAUUUCUAUUGAACAUUGUCACGAAUAAAGGGAUAAAUAUACUUUUAGACGUAACAUUUUUAUGGCAAUUUUUGAGGAAAAAUCGGAAGUGCCUUAAAAUUUGACCUUUUGCAAUGGCCCAAAAAGGACUAGAAAAUGUGUUCAGAUAUUGUUCUUGCUGAAAGGUAAUAUGUCGAAAAAUAUCAUUUUAUAUGUUUUCACUCUAAAUAUGCUUCCCAUUUCGAACAAUUAUAGUGAAUUUACUAUUCGUAGCAAUCAAAUGAAAUAUUUUGCGGUUCACUUUUGAACACUGGACAUCCUAAGAAGAAAACAUUCUAGUUUCCAAUGUUCAGUUCGCUCAUUCAAAUGGAAUGAUAUUCGAAGAAAAAAAUAAAAAAAAUAAUUUGGAAAUUUCGCAAGUGCAAUUCGAAACAACUAUGGAUUUCUUUAAUUAAAUGGUUCUGCAACGUCCCCAAGCGAUAUUUCCUAGAUGAAGCAAUAAUAUUAGAUUGUAUCUACCUCUACUGAAAAAUAAAACAACUCAAGUUGCCUUGCUCAAAGCACAAUUCAAGAAGUACAACAAUUAUAUUGGGAUAUUGCAGAUCUUGAUGAGAAAACUGAAUAUACUGUCAACAAAGCCGAUGUUUUCUUCUUAGCGUCGAAUAAGUUGAUUUCGAGAAGGAUUCAAAAAGUUUACGAAAUGGAGCCUGCUCGGUAAAUGGCAGAAAAUUAAUACGAACUGAAAAAUUGUCUUGGUAGCAAUGUAGCAUCCGACAUUACCAAAAAAUUCAUCUUAAAAUUAAAACUGGCUGUACUUAAGUUAAAUUUACACUUUCAAAUGUGUUCUAACAUUUCAUUUAUUCGCAAAUUUCAUCAUUCUGCUCAUAUUUUUUUCUAAUUAAUAGACUGAGAACUGUAUUUACAAUUUAUUUAUUUGUGAAUUGACUGAUUUAUUGAGUUUAUCAAUUAUGAAAUGUAAUGCUUUUACAAGAAUAUAUUUGUGUAAACUUUGGAUAACAAAGGAACUGGUUGUAGAAAUGACAUUAAGCUGAAAUGAGGCUAAAAUUUCAGUACCCUUGAAAUUUGUAUUUAGAAGUAUCCACAGAAGCUUCAUUUUGGGAUGAUUUUUGUACAUCUUGAUUGUAAAUAAACGGUAUUAUGAAAUGAAGAGAAUUUCCGAAACUGUCAUUUUUUCAAUUGGUGAAUCUUUGUCAAUAUUUAACAACAGUUGCUGUAAUAUACUUAUUAGUUAUUUUAGUUUGUAUCACAAUAUAAUGAAUAUAUCUGUAUUCCAGACAGAAAUAAAGAGAAAAAUAGUAAA